GGGUCUGGGUCACCCGGCACCCCCGGGGGGGCAAACAGCGGCUUGUGGGGAGCUGAGCUCCUCCUGCAGACGGACCUGGGGCUGGAAAGCCUGUCCCGGGUGAAGAGGCCGGAGCACCCGGGUCAGGCCUCGCCGGCAGGUGGGAACGGCGCCUGCAAACCAGCCAAGAGUCGGGGAAAGGCGGAGAAGCGGAGGCUGAAGAUCCGCACGAGGACGUUAAGCAUCUUCUGCCCAGGGAGAAGUGGGAUCCUGACUCCUGCAGGGCCCUGCAGAGGCCGAAGGGGUGACAGGGGUGAGUUGCGUGUGGAGUUCAGAACGGGGCCCGCCGAGGGGCUGAGGUGUGCGGUGGUUUGGUAAGAGAAGAGCGGUCAGUGGGGGCUUCUUUAACCAGCUCCCGGUCACGGGGGAAGGCUGAAAAGUCUGGAAUUCACAGGGAAAAGCUGAAAAGUCUGGAAUUCACAGGGAAAAGCUGAAAAGUCUUUCUGAAGUUCACGGGGAAAGGCUGCCGGAGCGAGUUACUCAAUGUUACUCACUGGCAGCUUGGAAUCCUCGUGAAAUUGUGCAGGGAGCAAGAGAUCCAGUUUAUAAACAAAUUAUCAUUUGAACUGGGUGCUAAGGCUACAAGCUGUCCUGGAAGUGAUCCCUAAUCAGGCAGCUGAAGCUCUUGAUCUCCUUGCUGACCGUGCGAAUGAGAAGUGCAAUAUUCCCACGUGGAAUGGUCUCAUUUACCAGCUGAAGAAGGAGGAGGAUGUGGGAAAUUAAAUUAAUCUAAUUGCUGUUUAAAUUGCUGUAGGAAAACAAAUAACCAAGGAAAUGUGAAAAGCUGCUCAUGUAGCAAUCCAAACUUGGAAAGGAUUGGAAGGGGAUGUGUUUUCAUGGUGGAGUACAGAUUAAAUUAAUUCUGUUUUUUUCUUCCUCUGUGCUAUAACUGCUUCACUGUUCUUUGUCUUGUAUGAUACCGUGUUUUAUCCAACUAAUUUAACAUGCAGCUCAGAAGAUGCAAGGAGCAGCUAUAUCUGAAAUGACACAAAGGGGACAGAAGAUCAUGUCCCUAAAAUUGUGUCUAAUCCAGAGAAAAUCCAAGAGGAGGAAAUCAGGUUGAUGGGAACAAAAUGUUGUGAAGACAAUAACUAAGCAAAUAAGAGGAGGGAUUGAUAAGAAUGCCAGUGUCUUUCCAAAAGGAAUGUCUUUCCAAGGUAGUGCAAUCCCAUCAAGCAGCUUGCAGCCAAGUCCCCAAGCCAGUUUUGACUGAUAGGAAUACCAGAUGUGUCUUUACAGAAGUGGUGAUGAGUCUCCUGUGUGCCUGGAUGAAAGUGACAUCCUGUAAACCCAGACUUCAGAACCAACAAACAAAAUUUGACUUGGCAUAAAGUAGAGUUAAUGAUGUGUGGGAUGGAUGAAGCAGGGGGUACCUGUUAGGGGGGAUAUGCAAGCAGGCAGAUUGGGAAAUCUGUACCUCCUGAGUCCCUCAGCCAACGGGGAAUGGAAGAGGGUCUUAUGUGACCAGGACUCCAGGAUAAAAGGCCCUGCGACCCCCAGCAAUGUGAGAAAUCCUACAGGGACAUGCCCUAGGGGAUUUUCUCCCUUCAUUCAAAUAAAGUUUACCUAUUUUUCUAGCUCUUCUGUCUCCUUUCUCAACACUUGACCUCUGACAAUGAGGUUUUCCAUACACUUGCUAUCUCCUGCUUUCUCAAAGGAGACAAACCCAGCCCAGGGCAGCGCUGCACAGGGAUCUUGUUUAGUCAGAACAAAGUGACCACCUCUUGGAUCUUGUUCAGUCAGAACAAAGUGACCACCUCUUGGAUCUUGACACCGUUUGUGACAAAAAGAGCACGGUUCACUCCCAUCCUGCACAGUUUUGAUGCCCGUGACCGAUGCGCACCUCCCCAGCCCUCCACUCAGCCAAAAGCAGCUCCUGCUUGGCCAGUGAGGUCACAGCACUGUCCCCGAAGCCAGGCAACUUCUGCAAGCCAGAGAGGUGUCACCUGGCAGCAGCAUGACACGGAGAAGCUCCAGCCACCGUACUGCACUCACCAAUGUAGAAACCCGGCUCAGUUUCCAGCCGGGCAUUCUGCCAAGGAGUCAGGAGAGUCACAGACUCUCGGACACAAAGUGCUUCCCCACAGCCUUGCAGCUGGACACCUCCUUGAGUGGCUGGGAGGCAGCUUGCACAGGGCUGCUUGCAGCCCCCCAGGGGCUGAGCGGCCUGGGAGGUGUUAGACCAUGUCUCCUUCAGGUGCCCCACAGCCCCUGAGCCUCAUGUUUCUUUUGGGGAUGGGGAUGGCAUCGGAGAGGACCAGCUGCCCGAGCAGGUGUAGCUGUCAGUACCUGGAAGUGAACUGCACAGGGCAGCAGUUGCAGGAGUUCCCAGAAGCCAUCCCACUGGACACCAGGCAGCUGAUUCUGGCGGCAAACAACGUCUCUUACCUGCCAGCAGUGGAGCUGAGCUUCUUGGCUGAUUUGGUCUAUCUGGACUGCAGGAAGAACCUCUUGGGGGAUGACCUGGAUUUCACUUUCACUGGUGUGGCCAAGCUUGUUUAUCUGGACCUCAGCUUCAACAACCUCACACAGGUCACCUUUAGCACCUUCUCACACCUCCUCAGCCUGGUAGUGCUGAAGAUCUCAGACAACCCCAACCUUGUGGCCAUUGAGAAGGAUGCUUUCACCAAUAACACCUGGCUGAGGCACCUGGAUGUGAGCCGGACGGGAUUAACAUUCCUGGACACCAGCACUGUCCAGGACCUGCCCAACCUGAGGUUUCUGGGGCUCAGCAACAACCUGUGGCACUGCAACUGUUCCUUUUUGGACUUCAUCACCUGGAUGACAGAGAGCGACGUGCACUUUCCAGAUGCUGACAACAUCACCUGCUACACCCCAGGAAGCCUGCAUGCCCUGAAAAUGCCUGCAGUGGAGGCACAGCUCCACUUCAGCUGCCUGACCCAGCUGUACAAGCAAGACUACAUCUUUCUGUGCCUCGUUGGCCUCUGCAUAUUCUUUGCUGGCACCAUGGCAGCCUGGCUGGCUGGCAUCUGUGCUGUCCUCUACAAAGCCCACACUUCCAAGGCAGGGGAGGAGGAGGAGGAAGACACAGUUGCUUAGGAUCAGCCCUACAAAUCUGAAUGUCUGUUGUGGAAACUGAAGGCAGGCCUGAUUUCCCACAUUAUGUCCCACUCUAGAUGUU